AUGUCCUUCAGCUCCCCUGAUAUACACUCGUCCUCUAGCACGCUGGCUCUUCCUCGGGUCAAUGGCUGUUACCUCCCCAAACAAGAGACUGAAUUCAUCCACACAAUCCUCGAGGAGCUGGAUGAGUUUGAACAGCGAGAUGAGCACAAAAGCAUUCUACUCUUCCCUCCUAUCCCGAGCCGACUUCGCUUUCUGAUUCACCAAACCUGCGCGGAUCAUCCCAACCUCAGCACCUUCUCCGUGGGCGAGGGCUGCGCCCGCAGAGUUGUAGUGUGCUGUUCAGACCUCAGGUUGCCAGAAGAAGACCAGAGAGAUGUGGAGGGCAGAUCCCAUGGGCGAGCACGCAGUCGGGACAGAGACAUGGAGAACAACAGGAACACGCGCUCACUGGAGCCCAGCUUCAACAGCAGACAGAGAGCCAGACGGCCAGACAAGGCUGUUUACAUUCCGCGUGCUGCGAGACAUAAGAUAGAUCUGGAACAUCCAAAUCCUAAGGUAUCAUCUGAGGAAUCCUGCUCUGACGUUACUAAGGAACCGCUUGUAGCCAAUCAGAAGCCAGAGGUGGACAGCACUGGCCAGGCUCUGGGUGAUGAGGAGUUUGUGCAGCUUUCAAGGUCGGGUCCGUCACCGUGGCCUGCAGCCUGGGACCAGACUGUGACUUUUUUUAGCGCUUUGAAGUUAGAAGACGAAACAGAUGAAAUAUUUGUCAACAACGCGUUCCUUCCCGCUGAUGCCACACUUCAGCAGCAGGUCGUUGAUGAAAGUCUGCUCUCGGAGAUCAAAGCCAAACUCAAGCAUGAGGACAUCACCAUACUCAACACCUGCAGUGAUUUCCCUGCCUAUGCAAACAUCUGGCUUGACCCACAGGAGUUCGGCCACGUCAUCGAGAUCUACGACUUUCCCGCCAUGUUUAAAACCGAUGAUCUCCUUGAUGCCUUUGCUGACUAUAGUGACGGGGGGCUGAAGAUCAAGUGGGUGGAUAACACUCGUGCUCUCGGUGUGUUUUCAAGUCCGUCAGCAGCUACACAGGCUCUCUCCAUUAAACAUCCCAUCCUGAAGACCCGCUCGCUGCAGGAGGGCAGCCAGAAAGCAAAGUGGAAAGCAGCCAGACGUGCAGAGUUCAUUCAGCCGGUGAAGGAAAGGCCACGUACGGACACAGUGGUGGCUCGCAGGAUGGUGGCCAGAGCGCUGGGCUUGAGAGGGAGAAACAAAUUCAACUGAAUAAAUAAAGUUUCACUUCAGUUAAUACUACACUGGGAAAAUGACAAAUGUCCUUGACAUUAACUACAGCACCCAGACCUGCUAUGAAGACGCUCUGAAGCUUUAUUUUAGCUGCAGAGCAAAUGGAAAUUCUCCAGCGCAUGAAAUAUAUGUGGUCUCCCAAGUUUCCAGUUUUAAUUGGUUGAGUUCUGUACUAUUUUAGGAAACGAGCUGAUAGUAUGUUAAGUGAAGAUUUAUUUCCUGAGUGAGUUUUGGUAAGCACUCAGAGAACUUGUGUUCUUUCGUCUUUAGCGGGAAA